GAGAGAUAGAGAGAGAGAGAGAGAGAGAGAGAGAGAGAGAAAGAGAGAGAGAAACAGAAAAAAUAUAGGAAGAAAGAAAUAUAAAAAAGGAAGAAAGGGAACGAAGAUAGAGAGAUUGGCUUUUUUAUCCGCAGCAACGCGUGAGUACGCGUCGUCGUUUUUCGACGGGGGCGGAUUGACCGUCUCUGCCGUUGCUGCUUUUGCUUCUGCUCCGCCUCCUGCUACUCUUGUAUCGUAUCGUUCCGUCUCGUUUGGUGUUUUAUCGUUAACUUCAACGAGUUUUUCUAUGACCGAACACAUUGGCAAAUACCUGACGCAAGUUCGAAAAUGAGGGAACGUUGCAAGUAAUUUCUAUCAGAGGAAAGCCCCGAGGUACGAAGAUCUCCGUGCAGAAUGAAAUAGAAUAGAAAAUGUCAGAACUUGAGGAAAGUCUGGCAGCGCCGGAUAGUACAACGAGAGAACAGCGUCUAGGUUUCUCUCAUGGAGACGAUGUAUUACUCCAGCAUAAAGAUGGAAAAUAUUACUUGGGCACUGUCGUGGAGGUGGAUUUGGCUAGAGAGAGAUGUCUUGUCAAAUUUAUGGACAAUACAUCCUCUUGGUCGUCGGUCAAAGAGCUGACGAAAUUAGCUAUGCCAGAUUCAGAUGUUAUGUGCGUUCUCUGUAAGAAAUCCGAGCCUAAGACCGACAAUGACAUUGUUGUUUGUGAUAAAUGUGGCCGUGGCUACCAUCAACUUUGUCAUCAGCCUCAAGUAUCAAAAGAAGAAACAAGAAGCGAUACGAAUUGGAUGUGUAAACGAUGUAUGGAUAAUCAGACGAGAAAUCGUGAAUCUGGAGAAAUUAAGAAAUGUAUGGUUAAAGUAAAUAUUAGGAAAGUUUGUAGUGGUAGAGAUCAACCUCAACCACCUCCGGAUGAUAUGACAAAAUUACCAUAUGACCCUGAUAUGUUGAGUUGGGACGUACAUCAUCGAGUGAAUGCAGAACAAAUUUAUUGUUAUUGUGGUCUAAAUGGAGAAUGGUAUACCCAAAUGUUACAGUGUGCUCGUUGUAAACAAUGGUUCCAUGAAAAGUGUGUUAGUUGCUUAAGGUACCCUCUUUACAGCGGAGAUAGAUUCUAUGUUUUUGUUUGUUCGAUGUGCAAUUAUGGAAAAGAAUUCGUACGACGUUUGGAAUUGAAAUGGGUCGAUUUAGUGCACCUGAUGUUGUACAAUCUGACUGUCUACAAUGCAAAAAAGUAUUAUGAUUUAGAUACGGUUAUUAUACCUUAUGCCAAUGACAAUUGGAAUUCUUUGCAACUUCCACCACGUAUUCGAGAUGUUAGUGUUCAAGUACGCAGAGAAUCAAUACUAGCUAUAUUAACCAAUAAUAGGAAUAGAUUCAAGUGUGGAAGAGAAAUUAAAAAACGUACCACAAUAUGGGGUCUUAGAGUUAGAUUACCACCUCCAUGUCCUAUCGUUAAUCUUCCAGCGUCUGGAAUAAUAGAUGAUUCUGUGUUACGUAGAUGCUGGGGUGCUAAUAAAAGACUACAAUAUUUAUCUCCAUCAGCAGGAUGUAUGCCAGAAAGUACAAAACAGUUAAACGCACUAAAGGAAAGUUCACCAGAAAAUUUGGAAAUACCUGUUAAUCCGUCAGAUGUGGUCAUGAGAGGAACAAUUUAUCAAAAUUCUGAAGCAGAACAGAGUUCAUGUCCAAGUCCAAGUCCUCCUUCUCAAUCCACGCAAUCUUUGAGAGAACGAUAUAGUGGAGGUGGUUUUGUAAAAAAAACUUUCCCAUUUCCAAAGUUAAGUUUACAAAGAAGAAGAAGAUUAAUGGUAUUGGGUAGUUCUCGAGAAAGGAUGUUACGUAAACAUAAAAAAAGGGAGAAAGGUUGUGGAGAUGGUUCAUUAGGAAAAUCGCAAGGUGUUAGGGAGGCCAGAUAUAGGAAAGCUAGGAAGCUAUUAAAAAAUGCCAUUGCCAAGAGCAAAUCUAGAAAUUCGGAACAAUCGGAUUUACCACCGACACCUCCAACCUCUGUAUCUGGUCCGCCAACACCACCGGCUACCACUUCGGGUAUGUCCGAAUUAUCUGUGCCCAGUUCAAUGGAAUUAAUGCACCCUCUGCCACCAUCGACACCAGCAGAUACAAGUGGCGACGAAACAAGCUCAAGGGGAACAUUAGAUUCCUUCAUUCCACCACCAAAAGAUUUUGAAGGAAAAAACAAUCCUUUUCGAAAUCUCAGCGAUUUGUUGGGUACACCUUGCAGUCUUAAUCAGGCAAGCUCCAGUACACCUUUACCUUAUAAUCAAUGUCCCAUUACAUUGCCUCUUCCAUUGACACCCGUGAUAGCACAACCACCAGUAGUACGUCCAACUAAACGUCAAUUAUCAGAAAAAGACAUUAUCAUAGACAGAAAUGGACAAGUGAAACGAAAAAGACAACAUCGACGUGGUAGACCAUCUCAACAGCAACAACAGCUUCAACAACAAUUUCAACAUACAGCUAGUAAAACCGCUACGAUUUUGCCAGCACGAUAUAACGAAGUUAAAAAUGAAUUUGUGAGAAAUUUAAGGAGUUCGUUCAAUGGUGGUGGUGCUUCAAGCAGUGCCAGUAGUCAAAUUGGAAAUUGUGUAGAUUAUGCCUUAAAUGGAAGAAGAUUACGACAACGACAAAGCAGUGAAAAAUUACCACCACCGGACCCACAACCACAGAAGAAAUGCAAUGCAUCUUCCUCUCCUAAAUGUUCGCCUAUGAAACAAAGUACUCCUGACAUAUCUUUGGAUGAUCUUAAGUCAUCGGUGAAUAUUUACUUCGGAGCUGCCAACAGGAUAGCAGCAGGUGAGAAGUUUGUGAUCAAGGCAAAAAGGGUAGGACCUAAUGGUCAAACACAGUAUCUCAUCGAAUGGGAAAGUCUUACCACUUAACGGUGAAAAUGUCAUUUACAUCAUGGUCAGGUAAUAAUGCUCGACCAAAUAAUAUUGAGUAGAGAACAACUGUUAUCUGACAAUCUGGAUACUUAGGAUGGGAAUAUCGUAACGAAUCGAUUUGUGUUACUCACUGCCAUUCGUUAAAUACAUUUAUCUAUAAUGAGUA